AUGCUGGAAUAUCACUCUAUGUUUCUCAACUCUUAUUCAGAAACUCCAAAGUUUUCGCUUGUAUCAAUGGUCGAACUAACACAUGACGAUACGAGAAAUUUGUAUGUGGCCGAUAACGACUUAUAUAACUACUUCGUUUCAAAUAGGAGGGAGCUUGACAAAUCUUUCGUGUUUUUUAUGUCUGACCAUGGACCGAGAUUCGGACAGGAGGCGAGGACGUCCGUCAAUAAAGAAGAGCAGAAAAAUCCAUUUUUAUAUAUUGUGUUACCAGAGCACUUGCGCAAAUCUCGGAUACAUGAGCAAUUGCAGGCAAACAGCAAGGAGCUUGUCACUAAUCAUGACCUCCAUUCGACGUUGAAGGACAUUCUUUACGUAAAGUUUCUAUUUGUCGUCUUUUUUUCUUAA